AUGGCUAAAAUUUUGGCUGAAAGAGCAGCACAGGCUACUGCUAGAGUCAUACCUGUCCACAAAAAGUAUACCCUUCAAUCUUAUGGAAUAUGGGAACGGAUUCGACGAAUAUUUGCAGUCGACUCAUCCCGCUCCAAUGGUGUGCCGCUCAACCCUCAAUUCCGCAACCCUCCUCCAGGAUCCAAUGAGCCCUUUUCAUUUAUUGACCCAGUCACGAUCCCCGCUGGAGAUAUUGCUGACAACCCAUACUGGAAACGCGACAUGCGAAGAAACUACCCAAAAUUAUCAUUUAUCACGCAAAAUGACGCUGUUGGCUUGUUAACUCUCGGCAGCCGAAACGACCCAAAAAGCGAAUUGAUCGGAGAAUCCGGGAUCAAGGCACUCGUGGAUGUGAAAAAAGAGGGUGAGCUUGGAUUAGCUGCAUACUUUCAGAAAGAAGGUAAAAUAGGAACACUAGCAGCUCUAGGGAAAGACGGCUUGCCUCCUUUUCCAUGUAGUGUAAACCUAAAGAAACAAGGGGCCGACAAAUACCAGCUCACUGCAGAAAAUUCUUAUCCAGAAAGUUAUCCGUGUAGAUCAUUCAAGUAA